AUGCGGUGCGCGAGCAAUGCCGCCGAGAGCGCGUCCGCACGUCUCUGUGCGGACGCCGAAGCAGAAACUACAGCAUCUGAUGUCUCAUCGGUUGCUGAAGCGACCCAGCCUGUGUCACGUGGUGAUGCAGGCGCUGGUCAUGAAGACACCAAUGUCUUCACAGAGUACGAGCUCGGUGUCUCAUACUCUCCUGAUACGGAUGACGGAUCCGUAUCGACGGCGAUUGAAUCUAAGCCGCCUGCCAAGCGUGGCAUGGACGAUGCUUUGCGUCGAAGCAUCUUUGGUUCAUCUGAUUGA